GCUGAGGCCAACUCGAAAGCUGCCAACUCCUGCUCAAGCUCAGCUCUCACCCUCCAGCAUGAAGGUCUCCGCAGCACUUCUGUGCCUGCUGCUCACAGCGGCCACCUUCAGCUCCCACGUGCUUGCCCAGCCAGAUGCCGUUAAUUCCCCAAGCACCUGCUGCUAUGCAUUCAACAGGAAGAUCCCGGUGAAGAGGCUGAUACACUAUACAAGAAUCAGCAACAGCAGGUGUCCCAGAGAAGCUGUGCUCUUCAUAAGCAUUCAGUCCAAGGAGAUCUGUGCUGAUCCAAAACAGAAGUGGGUGCAAGAGGCCAUUACUGUCCUCGACAAGAGAGCUCAGACACUGAAGACUUUGGCCUCUUACUUCACAACCCAAGAACCCACAGCUAAUAUAUCUUCCACCUGGACACCCCAUAAUACUACUUCAUUAUAAUUAUAAGAAGUAUGAACUUUGUUGAUUAUAUGUGAAACAUAAUGCCUUAAGUAAUGUUAAUCUUGAUUAAGUUAUUGAUGAUUUAAUUUUAUCUUCCAUUGGUGGUUUUGUAUGAAUGAAUACCUGGCACAUUUUUGCUUUUUCCCUGUGGACCUUACAUCUAUAACUGUAAAGUUUUGAGGGUCUUGUCAAGAAUUGUGAAUGCAAAUUUAUUGUGCUUUAAACCCAAGAUAUCGCAGAAGUAUUGGUAUGGAAAAUAAUAUUAAAUAACUAUUGAAUAAAGUAUAUAUUUUUGUAUAAAAA